CUCUUCUUUAGCCGCCUCCCACAGCCUCCGAUUCAAAACAAAACCCUAACGCCGAAAAAACAUUAGCUCAGAAGAAGGUUUGGCAAUGGAAGCAGGUCUCGGAUCUCGGAAACGGAAGCAUCAGUCAUUGAAAUCCGGUGGCAUUUUCACUCGAAGCAACUCGCAGAUUUAUGUUCGCCGACGCAGAUCUGGUUACGCUCGAGCCGACUCCGUUCGAACCAGUAAUCCUAUCUUGUCGCUUGAAGCGACAACGAACUCACCGAUGGACCAAGAUCCGUGGGGAUGCACGGCUCAUCCAAUUACAAGUGAAGUCUUAGUCAAGGAUCUUCGCGUGAGGAGGAUAUUUUCUCCUAUGACGGUUCCAGAAGAGGAUUUAAGUGUCGGAGCAGUCGAUUUGAAAGCAGAUUUUGAUGUUCGUAAGACGAAUGAUGGAAACCCCAACGUGUCUUCUUCUGAAGGUGAUCCUGGUCAUUGUGAUUUGGGGGUUUCUAGCUCUGUUGUCAUCGAUCCGAAGCCUAGAUUGCAAAAUAUUGUGGAUUCUUUUCUGGUAAGCGAGAACAAUGUAAUGGAAGCUGAUGCGUUUGUUAAGACGCCACCAAGAGUCUCAGAUUCCGACCAAAACAAUGUCGCUGCCGAAAAUAAUGGUGUCAUUUCUAUUCCAAACGAAGUCGGCCAAUCAUCGCUGACGAGUUCGCGUAGCAAGAAGAAGGUGUUCAUAAAUAGGGGCUCAUAUAAUAGCUAUAGAAGGUUGCUCCCUUAUCUAACGGACAUAGGAACAGAUGAUUCUCCAAGUUUCGAGAUAGUUGAGGCCACAAUGACCAAACAACAGAAAUCAAGUACCAUUGUUCCUAACAUGGUUGCCUAUAAAGAUAAAGAUAUCGAUACAGUAUCCAAUCUUGACAGUUUGGCAGAUUGUGCAUUUAAAAGCCAGGAAGAUGCUGUCAGUGACACAUUGGAUGAGUGUGAGCAGACGACACCACCAGAUUCAAUAUCAGCAUCCAAGAUGGCACUUAAACAAUCUUCUAGAAUGAAGAUGCUGCAAACUCCAACAUCAUUUAGUCAUAGAAGAUUGCUUCCAUACUUGAUGAGUGUUUCAGAACCUGAGAAAACCUCAGAGGAAAACCAACAGAAUAUUAGUAUCUCCUUACAAUCAACCACUGUAAAUGAGAAAUCAGAUUCUCCUAUUCCUACUUUGACUCCAGUCAAAGCACCAUUUGAAAGCAUAACAACAAUUACUCCAGUUUCAAAUGACAAUCUUGUGGAUACUCAUGGACCAGAUACAAAGUUGACCGAGUCAACUUCACAUUCAGAGAUGAAAUUACAAGCUGAAGCUGACAGUUUGAUGAAGCUGGAACAUGAAUCACCUAUUAAAGAUCUGAAAUUAGUCGAAGUAACAACUUCUAAUCUUGAAAUUGUGCCAAGUGUUGAUACAAAUGACAAUCAGAAGGCAGUUAAUGGAAGCACACAUGAAUCUUUAUUGCAGAUUGCACCACUAAAUUCUCCCCUAAUUAAUCGGGAUAGAAAUGGGAUUUUGAAAAGAACCCCAAGAGGAUGCAGAGGGAUUUGCAACUGUUUGAAUUGCACAUCUUUUCGUCUGCAUGCAGAAAGAUCAUUUGAGUUUUCAAGAAACCAAAUGCAUGAUGCUGAAGAGGUUGCAUUGGAGCUCAUCAAUGACAUGAAUUCUCUCAGGAACAUUCUGGAAAGAACUGGUGGUGAUUCUAAUGAGGUGAAAGAAGUGUUUGCAAAAGCUUUGUAUAAGGAAGAAGUAGCAAGGGCAAAAUUGGCACAAAUGAAUGAAGAUUUAAGUAAUCAAUGUAGAAGCAUGGGAAAGUAAAAAACAUUCAUUUCUUUCUCUUCUUACUAUGAAAAAAAUAAAUAAUGAAAC